UCCACCAAUCAGCACCCUUUAUUACCCUUCUUCUUCUCCGGAAAACCCACACUCAGAAAAAAAGGAGGUUUUAGUGAGCACUACUUAUGUUACUGUAACUGUAAAGUUAGGAAGCAAAUACGCAAGUUUCCCCCAAUCCGAAUCAAGAAAAGCAUAUGCCCAUUACCUGCCCCAUCUUGUGGAAUAAUUAAUAUCUUUAGAAAGAAAUUACUCGUAUAAAAUUCAAACCUCACCUCCCUCUUCCCUAAUAUUCCUAUCUUCGUGCAUCCCUUUACUUGUAUUGUGUAUUAUACACCCAAAUAGACAACCAAGUUCGGAAAGAAUACUACUGUUUACUUGGUUGUUGGAGGAGUUCUCUUUGACUUUGGGGAAAAAAAAUGACUUCUCUCUUCGUAAUGUGCUUUUUCUUGAUGCUUUUUUCCUCUUGUACUUUGGCGUAUGACAACUAUAAUUCUCAUAUAUUUCCAAGGCCAUUGGUCAUUGAAUAUCCGGAAGGGAAUGAAUUUCAAUUGAGGGAAUCGCUGGAAGAACUUAGAUUGCAGUGCACAAGUUGGAGGUUUGCUGUUGAGGCUAAUAACUUGAGUCCGUGGAAGACCAUCCCUCCAGAAUGCGCUGCUUAUGUUGAAGACUAUAUGACCGGCAGGGCUUAUAGUUACGAUCUUCAAAGGGUUUCAAGAGCGGCUGGAGCCUUUGCCAAAAGUGUCGAAUUGGCGGAAGAUGGAAAAGACGUUUGGAUUUUUGAUGUGGAUGAUACUCUGCUUUCCAAUCUCCCCUAUUAUGCUCAGCAUGGUUAUGGGUUGGAAAUUUUUAAUCAUACAAAGUUUGAUGAAUGGGUAGAAGAGGGACUUGCACCAGCCAUACAUUCCAGUUUGGAGCUUUAUCGAGAUGUCACGAGCUUGGGAUUCAAGGUUUUCUUCUUGACGGGACGAAGUGAACGGCAUGGGAAUAUUACUGCUGAUAAUCUGAUUAAAGUUGGAUUCCAGCAUUGGGACAAGCUCAUACUGAGAUCCCCGGAGGACCAUCCGAAGCAGGCAACCAUGUACAAGUCAGAAAAGAGGGAUGAGAUGAUAAAAGAAGGCUAUCGAAUUGUGGGCAACUCCGGAGACCAAUGGAGCGAUUUACUAGGUUCCUCUCCAGCUAAUCGAUCGUUCAAACUCCCAAAUCCCAUGUACUAUAUUCCUUAACUUCUACAUAUUUUUCACGAGUACCAUCUACAUUGUGACAAGUGUGAAUACAUAACACAGGGUAAUCGUUGUUGUAAUCCCUUUUAAGGCAUUAAUACUAAGGCAUAAUAAUAACGAUUCACCGACCGUGAAAAUAUUCUCUCA